AAAAUGGUCAUAUAAGGAAAAUAAAGAAAAGUUAAAUGAAAACCUAAGAAAAUAAAAGAUGCCACCAAAAUUUGUACGAGUUCCUGGCAGGAAUGAUAUCAAUAAUUCCAGAGAUGUAGAAAGACAAAAUUUACUGGCCGGUGAUUCCGAUGAUGAAGAUUUCUUUUACAAAGGUCCUAAUGUGAAUACAGGAAGUUUACGGGGUGAUCCCGCUAUGGACAGGUUAAGAAAUCAAGUGAGUGAUGUGGUUGGUGUAAUGAAAGACAAUGUGGGUAAAGUUAUAGAUCGUGGAGACAGACUGGAAGAUCUUCAAGAUAAAUCAGACAACUUGGCCAGUAAUUCAGACAUGUUCCGAUCUCGAGCUAAAAGUUUACACAAAACCAUGUACUGGAAGAACUGUAGGAUGAAGUUGAUCCUGGCUAUGAUAAUUAUAAUCUUAUUAGGCAUUGUAAUCAUUCCAAUUAUUGUACAUUACCAGCAAUAAAAUUACCUACAGAUCUCAGAGGUGAACUGGUUGUGGUCUGAAUAUCAGUGUUGUAAACUGUCAAUCAUCUGGAUUAGAAUACACCCACAUCAUUGCUCUCAUCAACCAUGCUGUCCAUCAUUGGGAUUAGGACACACCUACAUUAACUUACCUUAUCAAAUUGAAAAGACAAAGUCGAUAAUCUCGAUGAAGACGCUCCCUUCAUAUCUUCUCUCAUCAACACAAAUAAAGUGGUUUGGUUGUAGUUUGCGUUAUCAGUAUUGUAAAGCUGUCAAUCAUCUGGAUUAGGACACACCCACUUCAACAUCCAUGAAUAUCAAAACCUGAAAAGAAUAAGGGAUCCUUGUUUAGAUGCUGUUUUAAUUUCAACAAUCUAAUGCAAUAUAUUAGCUUUUUAUUUAUAUUUGGCGUAUGUCUAUAAAGCUUCAACAUUUACUUGUAUUUAUUAUUUUUUGCAAAUUUUCAUAAUUUUGUAUAUUAAGAAAUUUAUUAAUUCCUAUGGAAUUUAUUCAGAAAAGAAUUUAAUGGAAUACCAAGCCUUAUUUCAGAUUUUUUCAGUUAAUGCUUGGUUUAUGUAUUAAAGUGAUUGUAAAGAGGUUUUCUAAAUUUGUAUGUAUAUAGGGGACUCUGAUAUCAUCAAUUUGCACCAUUCCAAUUUUCAAUCAGACGUCAGUGGUUCUUGAAAUUCCACAAAAAAAUAAGUGUUUGAUGAUGUCACUAAUUGUGAAGUUGCUUUUUCACUAAAACACUUCGGGAUUAAUAUUGCCAUCAAACACUUAUUUUUAGUUUUAUUUUGCAUGAAUACAUGAUAUCAAUACCCCCAAUUUCAAUAAAAGAUAUCUUAAAUAGAGAAAAAAAAAUUGUGAUUUUAGUCUUAUAUUAAAUUUCUUAAUUAAAGCCUAUAAUGAAUGUUGAAUUUUGUGUAUAGUACAGCAAAGAUAUUGACACAUCUGGGAUGAACUCGAAUCAGUAACUCCAGUAAUCCACUUUAUUUUUUAGGAAGAAUUAAAAGAAAUUGAAGCUAAACAGGUCAAUCUCUUCUGCACAUAACUACUUACACUACCUAAAAAUUAGAAAUAUUAAAACAGAACCUGAAACAUGUUGUAUAGAACUUAGCAUAAAGAAAUUCAGAGUUUUGAUUCGAACCCAGAUUUGCCAAUAUCUACUAGAAAGUAUUGUGUGUGUUUAUUUGUGUUUUGUUGUGAUUGCUUAGAGCUGGGAACAAACUUGGUGAUUAUUGUUGUCGAAAUUUAUAUGUUUGUAAAUAAAGGCUUACAAUUAACUUAGCUUGCCUUCUACAAGUUUAUUGAAAAGGAGGCAUGGUUUUAGGAGCUCGUUUAGACAUUGCAAGGUGUGAAACAGUAAAUUAUAGAAUUUCGACCUAUUCUUACAUAUAAUUAGACUAAGUUUCUAUUGCAACUGCUUAUGGGUCUUUUAAAAAAUGAAAAUUCUAAUACUUAUAUGAAUAGAAAGUAGAGGUGUUCUAAUGACUUUGAAAAAUACCAGUUGGUUUCACAUGUCCAUAAUUAAUUCAAACAUAAUGAUAUGAUUAAGAAUACAUGAUAAUUCAUUAGAAACACCAAUUAUUUAAAUAGUUUGAUUAAUUUGACACUAAAAAUUAAGGAAACCCAUCUUUAAAGUGUAUUAUUGAAUUUCCUAAUUUACUGCCUAAAUAUAACUCUUAACAUGAUGUAUUGAUAGUUAAUUAUUGUUAAUAUUUAAUAUGUUUAUCUCUGAUAUUUAUUAUAAUUUGUAUAAUCACUAGGAGGGUCACCUAGAAUGUGAUAAAAUAAAAUAUUGAAAUAAUCUU